GUUGGAACGCCGAACUGCGAGACCAGCGAGGCGAAUUCACAUUUCACAUUUUUAUUUAGAAAAUGUAUUCAGUGCAGGGGCGACAUUCGCAGCGGCAACGAAAGCGACAGCCAUAGCACACCCACACAGUGGCACGCCCGCACACCCACACACCCAUACAUCCGCGGAAACGGACACGGAUACGGACACGGAUACGGACACGGACACGGACACACAUACACUGCAGAUCGAGGAGAAAGCAAAAGGAAAGUGGCCCAGAAGGAAAACAGCUCCUGAGUGCGAUAGAAAUAGGGAAAGAGACAGAGCGCCGGAAAUGGCCAAAUUAGUGACUUACAUCUUCAUCGUCAGCUCGCUGGUGCUCUGGUACCUCCUCCUCUUCGGGGGCAGGGGCGUCAGGGGCGUGGAGGCCACCAACGGGCACGGGGGGCAGCUGGAGGGCCGCGACUUUCACCACCACGGCGGCAGCCACCACAUACGCCGUAACAUCAACCACUGCUGGCGUCGCUACGAUGGCUACAACCUGCAGAACACCGUGGUCAACAAAAAGGAGCAGCUGAAGAAGCCCUAUGGCAUAUUGUGCAACUUCAAGUGCACCUGGUUCUUCACCGUCAGCUACCCCACUUGCGAGUUCAUCUACGACUAUAAGUUAUCCUGCGUGCUCUUUACGUCACUGCCCGACUGCACCAGCGUCACGUGUACGCUUUUGAACUACUUCGAGUAACUAGUGUAUCUAUUUAAGCCUUUUUUUUGAUAGCAUAAGUCUGACUAAUACUAGAUUUUAUAUGGACAUGUAGAGAACGACAGGAAGUAUUAUUAAAUCAAACACCUAAUUUA